AUGGUAUCAUCUAUUUCAUUAAACCAACAAAUUAACCAAAUUGAAAUUGAAAAUUGUAUUGAAUUAAAUAGUGUUUUGGAUCAAUUUGGUGAUUGGACUUUACGUUUGGAUGUUAAAUUUUUCUAUUCAUUAUUUUAUGCCGCAAUAUUUAUUGUUGGUUUAAUAGGGAAUGGUUUCCUUGUUGGAACAAUAAGAAGGAGAAUGACUGUAGCUAAUGUAUUUCUUAUGAAUUUAGCUAUUUCUGAUUUGCUUUUAUGUAUUACUGCCCUCCCAAUAACUCCAGUCUUAGCUUUUGUUAAGCGUUGGAUAUUUGGAUUAGCACUUUGUAAAUUAGUUCCUCUUUGUCAAGGAAUAUCUGUUUUAAUUUCUUCCUAUUGUUUGUGUUUAAUUGCUGUUGACAGAUAUAGGUCUAUUGUUACUCCACUUAAAGUUCCUUGGAAUAUACAACAUGCACAAUGGUUAAUGACACUCUGUUGGACUUUUUGUAUAAUUAUUUCCUCUCCUUUAUUUAUUGUUCAAGGAUUGCAACAAAUUGUAUAUAAAAAUAUGACCUUUUGUGGAGAAUUUUGUACUGAACUUAAUUGGCCUACAGAUUUUCGAAUAAAAUUAUUUUAUGGAAUUUCUCUCCUUUCUAUCCAAUUUUUAAUCCCCACUUUAAUAAUGACUUAUUGUUAUUGGAAAAUUUUACAAAAAGUUAGACAAGAUUGGUUAGUUCCAACAAAUAAUUCAAUAAUGAGUUUGGAACAACAGGCACAAACAGCAAUUCGAAAAAGAAGAGUAAUGUAUGUGCUAAUUUUGAUGGUAUUAAUAUUUAUGGGUUCCUGGAUGCCACUCACAUUUGUUAAUUUACUUCGAGAUAUUGGAAUUAGCUUUUUGGAAACACAAAUGUAUUUCAAAUUACUUAAUGUUCACGCUGUAGCAAUGACAUCUGUUGUUUCUAAUCCUUUAUUAUAUUUUUAUAUGAGCAAAAGGCAUAGACGAGCCCUUCGUGAUGAUAUGUAUUGGUUAACAAAUGCACGUCGCCAACAAAAUCAACAUGUUGGCGGCCUUUUAGCCAAAUUUACUCCAAGUCCUUCUAUAGGGCUUUUAUAUAAGAAAAGUUUAGAAAGGCAUAUUCUUCAAAAUGCUACAGCUAAAUAUAAUCCUUAUAGACGGGGUACUUUAGCAGAUCCAACAACUCUUGGAAGAGAAAAAGCAUUACAAGAAAUGCAUGCAAAUUGUUUUUUAUUGGUUCCAUUAAUGCCCCUUUGUGUUGCAAAUCAGCAACGUUUAGCAACAAAUCAAAGAGAAAUAUCUAAUAAUAAUAAUAAUAUUAAUUUAAAUUUUAAACGACAAAAACAUCCUAAAUUUGUUUGUGAAGCUUGA